AUGCAUGUCCACUAUCUCCCCAAUGUCCCUCCACCCUCUUUCAAUCUAAACCCUUCGGGGGCCCCCCUGGGGGCCCCCCACGAGGACCCUCUGGGGGCCCCCCAGGGGGCCCCCCAUGAGUACCCUUUAGGGGGCCCCCUGGGGGCCCCCCAGGAGGACCUUGCGGGGGCCCCCCAAGGGCACCCCCACAAGGACCCUCUAGAGGGCCUCCAGGAGGACCCUUCGGGGGCCCCCCAGGGGGCCCCCCAGGGGGGCUCCCAAGGGGACCCCCAGGGGGGCCCCCAGGGGGCCCCCCGGGGGGCCCCCGCGUUGGGUUUACUCGAUAGUUAUAGGGCACGUUUGGGUCUUUUUCCUCCCCAGGGGCCCCCCGGAGGAGACAUAUCUUAUUGGGGCAAAAUACCUUUAGGGAAGCUGAUGGCUGCUGCUGCUGCUGCUGCUGCUGAUGGGGCCAAAGGCGACAGCUGCUCCCCCAGCGCAGCAGCAGCAGCAGCGGAGGGAGCAGCAGCGGCCGACGGGAGCGCCCCCACAGCAGCAGCAGCAGCAGCAGAAGCAAGCAGCUGCCGCGCCCCCGCUGCCGCUGCUGCUGCUGCUGCUCCUGCUGCAGUGGAAGUGUGGCGGCUGCUGUCGCAGGAGUACACUUACGACUGGUGGGCGCGUGCUGCAGAGACUGAGAUGACGGAAGAGGAGGUAGCAGCAGCAGCAGCAGCUUUGCCAGUGGAGCGCCUCAUUCAACGUUCUGCUUCUUUAGUGACAAAAAUGAGAAGAAUAAAACCCGAGGAGACAACUUACUCGCUGCUGGAAGGAGACAGCAGCAGCAGCAGCAGCGAAGACUCAGUACGCACUUUCUAA